CGAAGUGAUUAUUGCAACAGUGACGGUAUUGUGGCGCUAACUUUGGGCGUUAACUACGAGCAGCUGUCAUCAGUGGCGCAGAGACAAAAAUUUCUGGAUACAAUGAAUGUCAUAUUGGGCAACAAUACCAACGUACGGGCGCACAUCGAACUUAUUCGGCCACUUCCGGAAAAUCAAACCGAAGCAAGCCUUUUUUUCUAA